UUAGCAGAAUAUGCUUUGCUCUACCCUGCGAGCUUCCUUUCCCUCUGCAUCUCUUGUGCUUAAUCCCUUAUUACUUCUUCUGUCUUCUCCAUUUUCUCUCCCAUCAAAAAACAAAACAAAAAAAGCUCUCUCUCUUUUUAUGCUUUGAUAAGAGAUGGAGCUUGUUAAAGAGCUGCUUGUGACUGGUGUUGUUGCUGUUUUGUUCUCUUUUCUUAUAGCCAAACUUGUUUCUCUGGCUGCGUCUGGUGGUGAUUCCAGCAGUAAAAAUGCCAAUCGAGAAGUUAUUACUGCAGCAGAGAUUGUCGGUGAAGAAGGAAAAGUAAUCACCGAAGAGUUACGGUUCCGUGAAAGAUUGCAAGUCGAGGGGGUUAAGACCGAAACUAAAACUGAAUUUGUUGAACAAGCAACAGAAAAGAUCGAUGAAUUCAUCACGGAAAGCUUUGCUCUCGAGAACGUUAACGAGGCCGCGAAUCGCGAGGAGAUGCUGCUUGAAAUCGAGGCGCGUGACUUGGCUCAAGAAUUGAUCGAGGCAAUUUUAAGAGAAGAAGAGUACAAGUUAAAGGGAGGUGAAUUUGACAAUGAAGAGGUCAAACAUGUAAGUUUGGCUAGUUCAAUUAAUGAAAACAGAGAAGAUGAAUCAGUUGGAAUUGAAGUAGAUGUUGUCGAGACUGAUUCAAAAGAGAAGAUGAAUGAGAUUGAAGUCAAUGAUGACGAGGAUGAUGAUUGGGAAGGGAUAGAAAGGAGUGAAUUGGAGACAAUGUUUGGAGAAGCAGCAAGGUUUGUUGUGGAGUCAGGAGAUAAAGAUGAGAGAUUUGCAGGUGUAGGCAGCGAUGUGCAAAUGGAGUUGUAUGGACUUCAUAAGGUUGCCACCGAGGGGCCUUGCCUCCAGAAGCCUCCCAUGGCUCUCAAGGUUUCUGCCCGUGCCAAGUGGAAUGCUUGGCAAAGGCUGGGAAACACGAGUCCAGAGGCAGCUAUGGAGCAGUAUAUUGUCCUUGUAUCUGAUAGAGCCCCAGGGUGGAUGGAAGACAAAGCUGGUGGAGACAAUAAACCAGGAUCAUCUGAAGUGACAAAUCCUGUUGCUGUAACUCCAGAUUUAAGUACAUUUUCAUCCCGGCAACCAGAUUGUGCAGGAGCAAUGACAUGUAAGAAUCAAGAACCGAAGCUUGUUGCUGAAGAAAGGGAUUUGACUGGGGCCUCAAACUGGAUAACAGGGCCGAAGAAUGACAAGCAUUGCUCUGCUGCUUGAAAUCUCCAACCAUGGAACCCUUCUCCUUUGGCUGAACCACAAACAAGACUAAAUCUUGUUGCUAAGUAUAAUCUUUGCUUCAAUUAUGUAAGGUUCUUGCCUGUUUAUGCUAUAAUUAAUAUGUCCUUGGAAGUGAACUAUGCAUUGUAUGAUACUAAUAACGUGGGUGUGCAGUGCAUUGUUGAAUUUGUAUAUAUACAACGUGUAUGUAUGUCCCAUGAUUCAUCGCCCAGCUGGUUGGGAUCAUUGAAUUAUAAUAUGAUGUUAAUGCACCAUUCUUCCUGAAGCA